AUGGUUGAAGACUUGCAUUUCCUUCGCCACGGUGGGCUUCAAGAUGGAAUGAAUUCAAGAGCAGAUGAUGAAAAGGAGCCCUCUUUUGAUGAUUUGGUAAAACUUGUUGCCGAGAAGGAAGAACACUUGAAGGUGAAGCACAAGGAGAUUGAGAAAAUGCAAGAUAAAGUUCUCCGUACUUAUGUAGAAAUGGAAACUGUAAUGGAUAGAACAAAACGUGAAGCAGAGAACUCAAAAAAAAUUGCUAUACAAAGCUUUGCAAAGAGCCUUUUAGAUGUUGUAAACAACCGUGGAAGGGCAUCCUCAGUCGUCAAAGAUAGCUUCUCAAAGAUUUAUGCAUCCAAAGACACUGUUGGAGCUGUACCACUUCUAAAAACACUUCUGGAAGGUAUUGAGAUGACUGAUAAGCAACUUGUAGAGGUCAUCGAAGCUGUUUUGAAGGUGUAA